AAAGAGGUCAUCAAGUUAUCAUGACUCUUGCCCCUGGUUGGGGUCCGUUGAUAAAGAAACAUGGAUUUGAAUUUAUCCCAUUGCAAUUGGAAGAGAAAGUAAAAAUGACCAAGUGACCAAUGGAAACUCUGAUGCACCAAAUAAGAUGCUAAUCGAUGUGGUCAAUGCUCAAUUGAAAAGUUUAAGAAUGACCCCAAUGGAAGCGGUCAGUCAAGAUGAAUCGAGAAUAUGGAUUCCAUGGUAUGAUAAGCAAUUUAAAUUCGAUGAUGCUAUUCAAACCGUAAUGGAAUCAGUUAAUCCUGAUUUUAUUGUUAUCGAUUUUAUCAUGAGACUUCCAUGUUUAGAGAAAAGUUCAAUUCCAUGGGCUCAAUUAUGGUCCGCGAAUCCAAUGAUGUUAUACCAUGGGCAUCUUCCGCCAGCGACUACAGGAUUUCCAACCGAUAGUCCUAAAGAGCUUUGUGAUAAAUACAUUUCAUUGAAGAAAACUAAAGGCGAAAAAAUUUUCAAUCAUCUUAAUAAUUGGCUAAUUAGUAAGGGUGUUCGCCCACAUACACCCGAUGAACCGAUCUUAGUGGCAGAAUCAAAGUGGAUCAACUUUUACACUUACCCUGAAUUCCUUGAUUACAACGAUAUUGCACCUAAAUUAGCUAAAUGGGUUCGCAUGGAUGCUGCAGUUAGAGAGCCUGAUUCAACUGAGCCUUUUGAUUUACCUGAAAGUCUUAAAGAUAAACCUGGUAAAUUGAUUUACUUUUCACUUGGUUCAAUGGGAUCAAUUGAUUUGGAACUCAUGAAAAGGGUGAUCAGUGUUUGUGCUAAAUCACCUCAUCGAUUUAUCGUAUCCAAAGGUCCACUUCAUGAACAGAUAGAUCUUCCUGAUAAUAUGUGGGGCGAUCGUUAUGUCAACCAACUUGCGAUUUUACCUCAUGUUGACCUGGUCAUUACCCACGGCGGGAACAAUACAUUAACUGAAAGUCUCUAUUGUAGUAAACCGUUAAUUGUGUUACCUUUGUUUUUCGAUCAACCCGAUAAUGCACAAAGAAUUAAAGAGAAAGAAAUUGGUAUUCGUAUUGAUACUUAUCGUUUCGAGGAAUCUGAACUUCUUCAGGCUAUCGAAAAGUUGAUUAACGAUGAACCUUUGAAAGAAAAACUCUCGACAAUUGCUUCAACCUUAAAAUCGUCAACUACAAGGGAAACUGUUUGUCAACUAAUUGAGAAAACUGUUCAUCUUGGAAAAUCACCAUUCGAUGAAGAUAAUGUGCUUUUGUUUGCUAUGGAUGGUCAAGGUCAUGUGAAUGCUAUUCUGGGAUUAGCCGGAAUCUUAUUCCAAGCUGGACAUGAGGUUGUAAUCGCUUUGUCCAAAGGAUGGGAAGAGCUGGUGGUCAAGAGAGGUUAUCAAUUUUAUCAGCUGGAACCUGAAUCUGAACCGGAGGUGGAAAAACAGGAAGAUGUAAAAGAUAAAAACAACAACAAUGAUGAUGAAGGAGAAGAAGAUGAUAAUGGUGAUGGUAAAGGAGGGGAUAGGAAUGAAAAAUCGUUCGAAUUUUUCGAGAAAAUAUUAGGCUCCCUUCGAAAAGACCCAAUUGAAGCUCUAGAACAGUUCGAUAGCCAAGUUGUCGUCGCUUAUUUAAAGUGGGCAACUGCAAUGUACAAAUACGACGAGCCCUUAGCUCGAGCGAUAGAUACCAUUAAGCCCGAUAUGGUUAUCCUUGAUUUCAUCUUAAGAUUACCCUGUUUGAUUAAAGGUUCAACCCCAUGGGCAACCCUUUGGUCAUGUAGUCCAGUUGCUCUUUACAGAGGUUUUGUACCACCGGAAGGAUCGGGUUUCCCACUUGAUAGUCCAAAAGAAUUGUGGGAAAAAUUUUACUCUUUACACUACGAAGGUUUUAAGCCACUUCGAGAUUAUCUUAAUGGAAAGUUAAUCGCAGCCGGUGUUGAACCUUACCAUGAUAACGAAUCAUUUUAUAUCUUUAAAUCACCUUACAUGAAUAUCUACAAUUACCCUGAGGCACUUGAUUACAAUGAUAUCGCCCCAAGGCCAGAUAAGUAUUACCGUAUGGACGCUGUUAUCCGUGAGCCCGAUGAUAAAACACCAUUCAGUUUACCAGAAAAUUUGACCAAUAAACCUGGUGCUUUGAUCUACUUUUCCCUUGGGUCAAUGGGCUGUGUGGACAUUGAAUUAAUGAAAAGAGUGAUCAGUGUUUGUGCUAAAUCACCUCAUCGAUUUAUCGUAUCCAAAGGUCCUUAUCAUGAACAGAUAGAUCUUCCUGAUAACAUGUGGGGUGAUCGAUAUCUCAAUCAAAUUGCGAUUCUACCUCAUGUUGACCUGGUCAUUACCCACGGCGGGAACAAUACACUAACUGAGAGUCUCUAUUUUGGUAAACCAUUGAUUGUCCUUCCACUUUUCUAUGAUCAACUGGACAAUGCCCAGCGAGUUGAGGAUAAAAAGCUUGGUGUAAGAUUGAAUACUUAUAAAUUUACCGAUAAUCAAAUGCUCGAGGCUAUUGAGAAGCUUUUAAACGAUAGCCAAUUAUAUGAUCGAUUAGAGGAAAUUUCUUUCAAUAUGAAGAAUACAAAAACUCGUCUCGAAAUUGUCAAGCUAAUUGAGAAAACAGCAAUUACCAAGAAGAGUCCAGAAUGACCAUUAAUUAUGAUUGUCCAAUCAAAUGAGCAAACAUGCUGACCAUUUAUCCUCUUAUUAAAAUCCAUUGAAACCAUUGA